GUGGACGGAUGGCUUCCGAAAACAACUCAAUCUAAGAUUUUUAAGUUAAUUUUAUUCAGUAGCAGUCAGUAACUAGUUAUUAAAAAGAGUUUAUUUUCCAUAAGUGUGAAAACUGUCCAUUUGCCAAUAAUCAAUUGAUUUUUUUCUGGACUUGCUCGAGGAAUUCUCACGCAAUCUCUCUCACGUUACUAUUUCUAAACAAUAUUGACAUACUGCAGGCCUUUACUAUGAGGAUGACGUGACGGCUCUCAUAAGGAUGUGACGUCUUUGUGUUUCUCAACCAUGUUUAUCAGGAAACCACCAUUAGGCUCUGGGGACGCCGCCAAAAGCCAAAGCUCCGGGUACAUUCAUCAGUUUCUCAAGAUGUGCCUUUACGGACUGGUCGUCGUCUUGACAGCCGUUUUAUUUCGAGUUCACGGUGAAAAGUUUCACUGCGAAAAUGGGCAACUUUUUUGCCAUUGGACCCGAUUGGCCCCAUCCAAUUGGACUACAGCCUAUGGAGAUUGUACCCGAAGCGGAGGCUCGCUUAUUUUUUCUCAACACUCAGCCUACAUCGAAGAAUGGAUGUCAAAAAUGAAUAUCAGCAUUUCCAGUGGAAGAGUGUGGUCCAGUUUACAUCGCAUUAAUCACCGUUUCCAGUUGCUUCAUGAUCAGCCGGCAUUCGUACCUAUCGCAGCAUCCGAAUGGGUUCCAGGACAUCCUUUACCACGCCAGUGGUCCGAAAAAAGGGAUUGCGUCGUUGUUAACCACCGGAUGCUCUAUGAAUCGGUAGACUGCAACUCUUCUUUUGCGAUCAUCUGCGCCAUCAGUAUCAACAGGAAAAGCCAGCUGAACAAUCUCGUUCUCCCUCACGGGGAUCUGCAAGUCAGACUGGUGAUCGACCCGAAAGUCUAUGAGCAAAGAAUCGUGACAAACAACUUGGAAAUCGAACGAAAUGAAACAAAUUUGAUGCUCAAAUGUAAAGUCACCUAUCAUGGGUCCCGGAAAUUGGAAUAUUCAUGGAUAAAAGAUGGCGUUUUCAUGGGGAAUAGCGAUUCGGCUUUGAUUCCUGCCACGGUUCAUGACAAAAGUAAAACUGUAUCGGAAGACGCCCUUUAUCAGAAGCAAGGCACUUACCAAUGCCAGGUCAAAGCAUUUGGCGAGGUGCUAGCAACGCCUUCCAAUGCAAUCAUUGUUACGUAUCGCAAGGUGUUGAACGCAGUUGUUUCAAUUUCCAUACUCAAAUCAGCCAAAAAUGCCAUGAGCAUUGAUGCAAUUAUGGGAAAAGUGCGGGAUUUCAUUCACGAGAAUGUUCUCGAGGAUCACUUAAAGUUGAGUGAUUUCGAGACGUCUUGGGACCCCUUGUAUUCUCUACCCAUCAGCCCGAACGAAAUAGAAUACCGGCAUUCGCUGUAUGUUGACAUUGUCAGGCAAUAUCCGGAUGGUACCUUCUUUCACAUAAUGGACGUCAUCAGUGACAAAGUCAACAACAACCAGCAACUACGUUCUCUUUCGGGAGCGGAAAAAAUAAGCGUCAAGUGGACGACUUAUUGCCCGAAACAUAACGAGACGAUCACCAUUCCACAUUCUUCAGAGAUUUUUCAAAAUUUUUGGCCGCCUUCUUGGGUCACUCCGAAUUUAAAUCCGAUCAGUGAGAAGUUGUUUUGCAUCCAGGAUAAUAACAAAGUCGAAUCGCUGACAGACCGGCAGUGCCUACCAGACUUUUCAGAAGGUGCUUCGUUAACGCCGUUAAAUCUUGAGAAAUGCAAAAGGGUAGUCACACAACCCGAAACUCGUUGUCGACAUGGCUACCAAUGGCUGGAGACUACGCAAGUAUGUUUCAAAGUAACCGAAAACGGAUCUUGGCAUGAAACGAUGUCCGCUUGCAUGAACGAUUGGCCUACUCAUGACAUGUUGUCCGUCGAUUACACAACUCACCAUUCCGUCAUUGCCCAAUACCAACACAACGAAGGAACGCCGCAAGACAUGUGGUUGCCAGUUCGUCGCUCGUCUAUUUACGGCCCAUUACUAUACUAUUCUUCAGUCAACUAUGGUCCAGAAGGAAUCAGCUUGCCGAGCACGGUCGAACGCUUCACAAAUCUUACAACGGAUGAGGAUGAAUGUGUGUUAUUGACGAAGAAUUCCAACAGUGAAGUGGUACUUUGUUCCACUAGAGCGAUACCAGCGGUCUGCGUUUAUCGGCCUAGACGUGGUGCUGAAACAGUGGCAUCCAACAACUUGUGCUCACCACCUUGGUUCGGUUACAUAAUCCAAGGAGGGCAACUUACGUGCUUCUCGCUACUUCAAAGUGUGUUACCUAUGAACUGGGAGCAGGCGGGUCUAAACUGUCGUUACCAACACAUUGAAAUGGCAGCAAAUGUGUCCAUGGCAACGUUCGAAAAUGCGGGGAAAAUCCAUCAAUGGAAUGCUGUCCGUUCCAGUGUAUACCAUACCGGUACUUCGCAACUCAAAUCGGCAUGGAUUGGGUUAUUCUGGUCCGAAUCCGACGGAAAGUUCUGUUGGCUUAACUCUGAGAAAAAUUGCGCAUUUCAACACUUUAACUGGCAUCCAUCAGCUAACUGGACAGACGGUCGCUUUGGCAUUAUUUCGAAUGAUACCUGGGAUUUGCUGCCCAGUUCUGAAUUUCGUCAUCAUGUCCUUUGCCAAGCUGUGAUCGAUUUAUCUGUGAUUCAAAAUAUCAGAGUAAGUCAUACUCCUGACGAAUUUGUGCAAGUACAAUUGAUGCAGGACACACAUAACUAUCUUAAUCUAAUGCCAAACUUCUUCGCCAACUUGACGGAACUCUUUUCUCUCGGUUGGAGACCGUGGAUUUUUGGUGUCCCACCGGCGACAGAAGUUGGAAUUCAAGUCAAUUGUUACCUAGAUGGAGAAAUGAUUCAAACGAUCAAUCUCUUCCCAGAUGGUUUUUCACUUCGGCCCAAUUUCAGUGUGGCCAAAGUUCUUCAUUGCGAGAGUUGGGUGGGUUGGCCACGUCGAUUCGUUCGCUCCGAGCCCGUUAUCGUGCUACGACCGGACAAUUCUUUCGUAUACGUGAUGAUGUUCGACGUAUUAGACGGUCACGAAUUGCAAGUCGAUAAUCCAAACAACUCCAUCAAUUUUCGACCUGACCCCCUGACGGACCUCAGCAAACGAUUAGAGAGACUUGGAAUCAAUGGAGUCACCGUACAAGUUACCGGCCAUCGAUGGUGGAGCUACAACCAAACGAAGAGUAUUCUAGUACGCGCAAUGAUUACUAGCAGAUCGAAUAAUCAACAGAAUUGGCCAGAAAUAAUGAAGAAUGAGUUCCUCUUACAAGAAGAGAAUCAAUUGUUCUAUCAGCUGACACACAUCAGGAGUGCAGAAGUUUGCGAACAAGAAACUUUCACAGUUCUGUCCAAAGGAACCACGGAGUUGCUCAAUGUAACUUGGAAUGAAGUCCCGAUUGGAAUUGCGUCAGAAUCUUCUAAUCCAUGCGAAACUGUAACCGGCUACCCAAUUUUACGAAGAUGUAUCGGAAAUCCCAACACUGGAGCCAUUUGGGAACCUUUUAACGAAGAAUUUUUGAAAUCUAAUAAUGGCAGUUGCAGACCAGCGACAAAUUUACUUACGCAACUGAGAAAAUUAACGGAUGACGUUACAGAAAAUAAUACCAACCCAUCGAGCGCUUUAGGUAGACUGAGUGAAAUCGCGGAGACUAAUUGGACAGGAUCACCCCAUAACGGACCUUUUGGGAUUGAAAUUGGCCAGGCCGCUCGACUACUCCACGCAAGCGUUCAGCGGAUUCCGGAACCUACAGUGCGACAAUUUAAUGAUGUUUCGAAAACUUUAACAACGAUGUUGGCGUCAAGUCAACUUGGGCAAGCACAAUUUUUAUCAGGAGUGUCGAACUCUUUGGUGGAAAGCCUAGAGCAAGUUAUGGGACACGUUAUCAUACCAAAUGGUCAGGACAGCGUGGUGUUCCAACAUCCAAUGAUGUCGACAGAAUCCAUCCUGAAUCCGUUACAUGUCGUAGGAUACGGGGCUAACGUAGCCAAAAACAGUUUGGAAGUCCAAAACGGGUCUCGAAUUCUUCAAAACGAUUCAAAAACUAAUUUAGAGGAGGAGCUGGUUAAUAGAGAUAUUGCCAUCAUUCUACCAGUGGAAGAAAUCCGUAAACGCCAAGGUCUCAGAAGAUCAGACACUAGUUUACGACUUUCCUUCAGCGUCUUCGCUAAUGGCGAUCUCUUUGAUGCACGGCCUUUCACUUCCAUUUUUACGAAUGAAGAAUCCACUUAUGUAGUAGACAGCGCAAUUAUCGUAGCACAAGUAGGUAAUUUAAUUAUUUCCAACCUGACUGAAAACGUCCGAAUUUUCUUCCGUUCACGAUCUCAGCAUAACCAGUCGGUCAUCCCAGUCUGCGUCUUCUGGGACAAGUCAUCCUCCGGUGGUUGGUCUCCAUUUGGUUGCCAGUAUACGGGUAGGAAUCAGGAUCUGUAUAUUUGCGAAUGCAAUCAUCUAACUCCGCUAGCCUUACUUUUCCCUUACUUUGAUAAAGACAAGACGAUUGAUAAAGAUCACCGAAUCGCCCUCAGUCUUAUUUCUGUUGUAGGAUGCGUCGCUUCAAUGAUCGGUCUUUCCCUAGUUAUAUUAACAUUUUUCCUAUUUAGAAAAUGGAGGAAAUCUUUAGGAAACAAAAUUCUUUUUAAUUUCUCGUUGGCUCUCUUCUGUGUGACCGGUUGCUUCCUCUGCGCUGGUUUAGUGACGUUUGAUCACAGAGUGUGUAAGGCAACAGCAGCGUCGAUGCACUAUUUCCUUUUAGCUUCUUUUGCAUGGAUGGUAGUGGAAGGGAUCUAUCAGUAUCUCCAAUACGUUUUGGUUGUUGGAGCGCAAAAUUACAAAUCCUGCUUCAUGAGAAGGGCUAGUCCGCUGGCAUGGGGACUUCCUGUAUUACCCGUUCUUGGAAUUUUCAUCUACGAUCCAAACCUGUAUGUUAUAGGCGAGGAAUUCUGUUGGUUGGAACUUGAGGCCUUUUAUUUCACAGUUUUGAUACCCAUUUCCAUUAUGCUGAUGUUCAACAUCUUCAUUUUUAUUGGUGUUCUCAAAAGCGUAUUUUGCAUACAAAUGCGGAUAGACCUCAGGACAUCUCAGUCUGUCAAGACAAGAUCUUGGUAUCAGUUUCGCAUGGCUAUUUGUAUAUUUUUCUUGCUAGGUCUGACUUGGAUAUUUGGAUUUGUAUCGAUUGGCGAUGCUCGACUCGUUUUCGCAUAUCUAUUUUGCAUUUUUAAUUCACUGCAAGGAUUUGCUAUUUUUGCUUUCUUUGUUUUGCGGGAGAGGAACGCUCGUAAACUGUGGUUUGAAUUCGCCCGAAUGUGCAGUGAUUCAAAAAUAAUUAAUAGUGGUAAAACCCCUCCGAAUAGUCGAUCCUCAGACUAUGUACUGAAACCUAUGUCCAGAUACUAAAACAUGAUUAUAUCUGUCUUCAUUAUGUAACACAUCUAUUCUUGUUAUUCUCAUCUAGAUUAUCUUGCUUUUUUAGCUUUUGUAGAAAAUUACAUGGUAUUGUAAUAAAAGAAAAAAAAAUAGAUUUACUGGUUACUUGUUAUGCCAAUAGCAAGGACAAGUUUAUUUCACUUUUGAAAAACUUGUUAGAUUGAUUAUUUUAAUGAUGAAGGCCUGAGUAAAUUAUUGUCCAAGUCAC